UUCUCAGACAUUGCUAAUACAUCCCAAACGCAUCGAUUGAAGAACGUACUAUAUUAAGUAACUAAUGCUUUUAUCAGGUUUAGCAACAAACGCCACCAUUUUGUUACUUAGCAGAAAAACCAAAACUCCGCGACUGAACAGUUUAUUGUUGUACACUAUAGUGCGUUUCAAUGGCAGGGGACGAAAGUGUCUUUCUGAGGGCGAAGGAUCGGAGUUAUAAGGGGCUGACAGAAGAUGAACAGAAGGAGUGGAGCGGGCCUUUUUAUUUCAUCCAGGCUGCAGACCCUCAGCUGGGCCUGAUGAAGGCAUGGAGGAUUGGUGACUGUGAUUCAGGAGGCGAUGAAUGGACUGAGGAGAUCCAGCUCACAAAGCAGGCAAUCCAGGCCAUCAACAAACUACAGCCCAGACCUCGCUUUAUGGUCCUGUGUGGAGACCUGGUCCACGCUAUGCCUGGAAAUGAGUUCAGAGAAGAACAGGUUAAGGACCUCAAAGAAGCAUUGAGGGGCACUGACCCUGACAUUCCUCUUGUGUUCGUCAGCGGCAACCAUGACCUUGGCAACACACCCACUCCGGACACCGUGGAGCAGUUCUGCCGUGACUGGGGCGAUGAUUACUUCAGUUUUUGGGUGGGUGGGGUGUUGUGUUUGGUAUUGAACUCUCAGUUCUUCUUCGACUCAUCAGGCUGCCCUGAGUUAAUGGAGGCCCACGAGGUCUGGCUGGAGAGCCAGCUGCAGAGAGCCAUCCAGACCCCCUCCCGCCACGUGCUUGUCUUCCAGCACAUUCCGCUCUUCCUCCGUACGCCCGACGAAGAGGAUGACUACUUCAACCUGCAGAGGGGAAUCAGAGAGUGCUUGAUCCAGAGAUUCAAACAGGCAGGGGUGAAAGCUGUGUUCUCUGGUCACUACCACAGAAAUGCAGGGGGAUGCCAUGAUGGGCUGGAUAUGGUGGUGAGCUCUGCAGUUGGUUGUCAGUUGGGGAAUGACACUCACGGUGUGCGAGUGGUGGUAGUUACUGAAGAUUACAUCAUCCAUCGCUACCAUAGUCUGGAUCAAUUAACCGAAAGAGGAAUGGAUGAAGACCUGAAGAAAUUGUUGGUUUAAAACCACCUCCAGGUCAAUAAUCAUGUAGUUGUGUCUUCAUCUUCAACAUUCAUUAUAGAAACGGAGCCAUUGUUUUUACAUUUAGAGCUUUCAGGUGUUUUUUUUUACAGGAACGAAAAGAGUCUUAUGUUCUGUAUACAUUAGCAAGCAUUAAAAAAUUUCAACCAGUGGCACUUUUGAUCUUUGAUACUCACAUCAUCUGUCUCCACGCUUUAAUCAUGCAAAUGAGUCUGAAAAUUCCUUAAACAGUGAAGUUAAAUCACCUCAUCAUACUAAUGGAGUGAGGAGAUGCUAGGGUACAAUGGUAGUUUAAUAGUGCUGAACAUUUUGGAUGACAGUUUGAUGAGUUCACUCCUUGCUCCUCUCUGCUCAUUACUCUGUUCUGUCUCUGAGAGGAGGGAAGAGGCAAUCUCCAUGGUAACUAUUGAAAGACAUGACUGCGUUGACCGGGACAUCGAGUCACUUGUACUGUGGGUGGAUCACUGAAAACAUAAUUGCUGACCUCACCUCACACUUGGACAAUUGCAGCCGGGUGUGACUUUGACGGCAGGCAUACAGCAAUAAAGACAUUUUAAAUGACCAAGCUCUUGUCUGAAUUCAAUCUGAGACCUUGUAACUUCUUCCCCAGGGCAAUACAUGCUAAAAUUAAACUGAAUGUUUUCCAGUUUUCUCUGGAUCUUUCCAUGUAAUAUUUAUAUGUAAUGUCUAAUGCUAUGAUCAUGGGGCAUUCAAAAGUUUAACCUUUUCAUUAUAAAUGAUGUAAAAGACAUUCAGUUUGAGUGAAAAGUUGAAUUGAAAACUGAACAUGAUUAUCAGAAUGUUUUAGUAUUUUAUUUGUGCUCCUUUGGCUUUAGUGGUGGUGACACUUGAACAUCUGACUCACUAUACAAAAGUGUCCACGUGAUCAAUGUUGCAAAUUUACGGUAACACUACAAUAAUGUCUAAUCUGUUAACUCAUAUGAACGAGUAAUGAGCAGUUUAUUUAUUAACCUUUAUUAAUGUUAGUUAAUAAAAGUACAUUUGUUCAUUGUUUAUGUUUAGAGUACAUUAACUAAUGUUGAUGGACACAACUAUGAUUUAUUGUUGUAGUAAAUGUUAAAAAUAACAUUAAGAUAUUAGUAAAUGCUGGAGUAUUGUUCGUGUUAGUUAAUCUUAACUAGUUAAGUAUGGGAUAAUGUACAUCAAGCCGGUUGUUAUCUCAGAAUAAACCCCGACAGGGUGAUCAGGA